CCACCAACCCACCGGCUUUGCUCAGAUGGGCCUCAUGGACCUGAAAGCAGUUCACUUGAUGUUGACUCUGAUCACAGCUUCCCAGGCUCAAGAACCCCUCAUGGUCUCCCAGCCCAGCUCAGCAGAAGGCACGGAAGGUGGUUCCGUCACCUUGACCUGUUCCUACAACUCCACCUCAGAGCCUAAGGUUGGGAGCUUCCGGUGGGUGAAGGAGCCAGGGGUGGAGGUCAGAAAGACCACCCGGGAAUUCAUGGGAAGAGUGAGUCCCACCUCGGAGCAGGCCUUCCUCUUGGGGAGAAGAGCCGACAUAGAGAUAUGGGAUCUGAGACAUUACGACUCGGGGGUGUAUCGAUGCGUGGUGAAGAUCCCUGGAUUCCCGGAGACAUCGGGGAACGGGACUGAGCUUCAUGUGCUUAGAGAAGACCUGAAAGGAUCUAAUUCUGCUCCACAACGGGAUAGCAUGGUCCUCAUAUGGCUUCUCCUGCGUGCCGUUCUCUGUACCUUUGGAAUCACAACCACUGCUUUGGUGACACGUCUUUAUUAUGGGAAGAGAUCUCCACAAAACAGGCCAUUGCACCGCAGAGAGAACAAAUAUAAAUCAACAAGCAGGAAUUGACAACAGCAGCAGAGGCAGCUACAAAACCCACGACCCAUUUUCUAUUCCUUUCCCCCUUCAAUCCAGUAGAACUCGUCCUCCCCUUUAUAAUCUGAGGACCUUCAUCAACAGAGCAGAAUUAACCCUUCUGUAGACUCCUCUGCUACUGAGCAAACGUAACACAGGCUGAAUUUGAUGUUUUAGUUUCAGUAAUUAUAUUGCUAGACUAUCCUUGAAUGGCCCAACCCAAUAGACAAUACUGACAAUUCCUGCUAAGGAUCCGGCCUUCUUCUUCUUUGGCGAUCUCUUGUAACCGAGUAAGAUUGUCUUCCAUGAACACAGUUU